GGCUGGGGUUUCUUCCCUUUUUACCUUCCUGUCCCAAUUCUUUCACUGAGAUGAUGAUCCAGUGGCUGAAAGCUCUGCAGGACCCACAGCUGGUGGCCCAAUUUCAGAGGUCCUGUGGGCUAACCCUUCAGUCAGAGAAAGAGACUAAUGGGAUACCUGGAGGGCAUAGUCCAUCCUGGACAUUCCAUGGAGGUGAGGGCAGAACCGCGGGGGGCAAGGGAGUUCCUCAGGAAAAUGGAAUCAAUGGUUACAGCAAUGGGUCAUGCGCUAAUGGAUCCCACACCAAGGAACAUGUCAGGAAAUAUUUGGUACAGAACUAUUUACUGUAUUACCUCUUCCGAUUCGCUGCAGCUUUGGGCCAGGAGGUGUUUUAUAUUACUUUCUUACCGUACACACUCUGGAAUAUCGAUUCUUUCAUUGCCCGCCGGCUGAUCAUCGUCUGGGCAAUUGUUAUGUACAUAGGUCAAGCAUCUAAGGACCUUCUUAAGUGGCCGCGCCCCACUUGUCCACCAGUGGUGAAGCUGGAGACCAGAGUAGAUGCUGAGUACGGCAUGCCAUCCACCCAUGCAAUUGCUGCCACUGCAAUCUCUUUUACCUUUCUUUUGGCAUCUAUGAACAGAUACCAGUAUCCGUUCAUACUGGGGCUGGCAGCAGCGCUAUGUCUGUCCACCAUGGUGUCCCUCAGCCGGCUGUACACGGGAAUGCACACAGUUCUGGACGUUAUUUGUGGAGCUUUGAUCGCCCUGUUGUUUUUGGCCGUGACGUUUCCUAUGUGGGAUUUUAUAGAUGAGCUGCUUCUGAACAAUCCCCUCUGUCCAGUAUUUGCAGUUAUUGUUGGCUACCUGUUAAGUUAUAAUUACCCAAAGAUGGAUCACUACAGCACUACCCGGGCAGACACCACAACCAUCCUGGCAGGCGGAGCAGGAACCUGCGUCGGUAUCUGGCUGACGCAUCGCUUCGGACUGACCUACAAUCCCUCAAUCAGUUUUCCACUAAGCAUCCCUCCCAUCACGCUUAAUAUGUUACUACUUCAAUUAACACGGUUUGCUUUGGGUUUACUUCUCAUCCUUGUAACAAGACAUGUGGCAAAAACACUGUCUCUCAAAAUUCUUGGCGCAUGGCACAAUCUUCCAACGCAGGAUCGGUUGGUCAGACAAAGACUGGAGAUUGAAGUGCCCUACAAAUACUUCACCUACACUUCCAUUGGUGUUGUCACCACCGCAAUGGUUCCCUGGUUGUGUCACCAACUGUCCAUAUAAUUGCUUUCAACUUGUUAUGAAAUUCCAUGAGCGUGAGAUCGGCGACAGAACACGAUAUAAAAACUCUGCACUGAUAUUACGAGACUUUAAUAUUUACUGUUCCAGAAGCACAGCCUAGGAAAUCCAAAGCAAAAAUAAAUUUGGUGACCCUGACGCUUAAAUAUGUUUACUCAGUAAUUGCUCUGUUUCAGCGUCUGUAAAGCUUUAAACCUCAUAUUGCUGCCCUGUGAGUAUAGAAGGUCCUUAAAGUGCAAGGGCUUUGAUUUACGUACGCAUUCCCAAAACAUGAAGUCUGAGAAGGG